UCUCGCCUGGCAGUCGCCGGGGCUGCUGCUGCUGCUGCUGCUGCUGCUGCUGGGCCGCCGCGGCGGGGGCCGCUCGCAAACCUGUGGCGGUGACGUGAGACCCGCCAACCCGGAAGCAGCGGCGGCGGCGGCGGCGGCGGCACCCGAGGCUCCGAGGCUCCGAGGCUCCUGCGCUCCAGCGCCGGCGGCUGCGCUCCCCUCGCCGCUCGCCCGGGCCGCCAGGAGAAGAAACUGAGGCCUGGAGUUUGAGUAAUUCGUUCAAGGUUACCAAGUUGAUAGAGGGACAAGAACAGAAUCACCAGCACUGGCUGAAGCUGCUGGAUCACUCCUGGAGUCACUUCUGCUGUUCAUUAUUAAAUCGACACUUGCUUUCAAAUCAUGUGGUGAUGCAGUUUAGGAGCAGUUCUGCAAACAAGACUUUGUGCACUGUUUGAAAAAGAUGGUGCCUGGAUUUCAGAGGCAGAUGUGCUAAGUACCUUAACAUGGGGAAUCUUCUUAAAGUUUUGACAUGCACAGACCUUGAGCAGGGGCCAAAUUUUUUCCUUGAUUUUGAAAAUGCCCAGCCUACAGAGUCUGAGAAGGAAAUUUAUAAUCAGGUGAAUGUAGUACUAAAAGAUGCAGAAGGCAUCUUGGAGGACUUGCAGUCAUAUAGAGGAGCUGGCCAUGAAAUACGAGAGGCCAUCCAGCAUCCAGCAGAUGAGAAGUUGCAAGAGAAGGCAUGGGGUGCAGUUGUUCCACUAGUAGGCAAAUUAAAGAAAUUUUAUGAGUUUUCUCAGAGGUUAGAAGCAGCAUUAAGAGGUCUUCUGGGAGCCUUGACAAGUACCCCGUAUUCUCCUACCCAGCAUCUAGAGCGAGAGCAGGCUCUUGCUAAACAGUUUGCAGAAAUUCUUCAUUUUACACUCCGGUUUGAUGAACUCAAGAUGACAAAUCCUGCCAUACAGAAUGAUUUCAGCUAUUAUAGAAGAACAUUGAGUCGUAUGAGGAUUAAUAAUGUUCCAGCAGAAGGAGAAAAUGAAGUAAAUAAUGAAUUGGCAAAUCGAAUGUCUUUGUUUUAUGCUGAGGCAACCCCAAUGCUGAAAACCUUAAGUGAUGCCACAACAAAAUUUGUAUCAGAGAAUAAAAAUUUACCAAUAGAAAAUACCACAGAUUGUCUAAGCACCAUGGCUAGUGUGUGCAGAGUCAUGCUUGAAACACCGGAAUACAGAAGCAGAUUUACAAAUGAAGAAACAGUGUCAUUCUGCUUGAGGGUAAUGGUAGGCGUCAUAAUACUCUAUGACCACGUACAUCCAGUGGGAGCAUUUGCCAAAACUUCAAAAAUUGAUAUGAAAGGUUGUAUCAAAGUUCUUAAGGACCAGCCUCCUAAUAGUGUAGAAGGUCUUCUCAAUGCUCUCAGGUACACAACAAAACAUUUGAAUGAUGAGACUACCUCCAAGCAGAUUAAAUCCAUGCUGCAAUAACAGCUCUGGAAUAAGCACCUGCUGUAGACAGAAGACAGUAUUCUGCAGUGACUGAGAAUGCACAGUUUUUAGUGAUUGCAAUUACUAUCUCAUUUACUCUUGCUUUUUAUUUCUUUCCUCUGUUCCUCUCCCUCUUUUUUAAUCAUAUUCUUGUUCUUAAGACUUCUUUUCUGUGCCAAAAUCAGUAAAGUUAUACUCUGAAGGGAUGUUGUCCUUUCAAACAGGCCAUCUAAGGCAGCUAAUUAUGCAUUGCAUUGGGGUCUCUACUGAGAAAAAUUCUGUGACUUGAACUAAAUAUUUUUAAAUGUGGAUUUUUUUUGAAAACUAAUAUUUAAUAUUGCUUCUCCUGCAUGGCAAAACUGCCUAUUCUGCUAUUUAAAAACCCUCAAUGACUUUAUUUUCUACUGCCGCUUUUUUCAUGUGCAGCCAAAAUGAAAAUGUUUAAAUUAACUGUGUUGUACAAAUGGUACCCAACACAAACUUUUUUUAAAUUAGUAAGACUUUUGUUUAAAGUUUUAAGUUUGCAUUUUGACUUUUUUUGUAAGGAUGUAUGUUGUGUGUUUAACCUUUAUUAACUAAUGUUAAAAACUGUGAUGUGUGCGUAGAAUAUUACGUAUGCAUGUUCAUGUUUAAAGAAUGGCUGUUGAUAAAA